UGUAUGUAAACAGAAAAAAAAUGGCGCGGGAUUUAAACAAAUUUAUUCAAGCUCAAAGGUUAAGCCGUGCAAAAUUUAGAUAUGAAACCAAAUCGUUAAUAAGAAAGUACGAGUCAUUGGAGGAGGAGAGUGACCUUGCAUCCAUCUUGGACAUCACCUCCUACCAGGUGCUGGAAGACAGGACAGGUUUAUUUAACAAGAUUGACUGGAAAAUCGGAAAACAUGGAAAGGAACAGAAGCACAAAGAUAAAGACAUAGAGGACAUAAAUAAAGACAUACAGUUCACAAGAAAGACUGCUGGGUCACCUGGUCUGGUGUAUACAGAUCAAGAGGAGUUUGACUCAACUUUUGAUCUCACGAAUGACGUGUCCACUGAAUUGAUAGCCAGCGUGCUUGAAGAAGUGGAGGAGAAUGAACCCAGCGACGCUGAGACUAUCAACUCCAGUGACUCGUACGAGACCCUGCUUAGUGACGAGGAUAGUGAUGCAGACUCCCAACAGCUUCAGGAGCAGAGUAGCACAGCCACCAUCAGUCAGGAGUUCUCAGAGCUUGACAGUGAUGCCACCAACACUGCUGAUGAAGUGGACGGUGGAAAGGCAGCCAUCUGUAGGCCACAGCUGACAUCAAAGCACAUGGUAAAAGUUUCCAGGCCGUCAGAUUUCUCAGACAGCAGCAGUUUCUCUACCGCUGCUCAUAUUGAAGGCUGGAACUACAAGUCUCCGAGAGGUCGAGGGCGCACACAAGAUAGAAACUCAUACAAACAGCCUGAUAAGAGCCAGAAAAAACCAGCUGGAACCCAAGGAAAAGUGUCAGAUGUCAAUAGGCCUCAGUCUGUCAAAGACAUUUUUCAGGCAUUAAAAGCAGACAUUAAAGGUGAAGGUAGAAUGAAUGCACAGGGAUUAAAAUCAGAAUAUGUCAUGGCUGCUGUGGAGGUUGCUAGAAAAGAUAUUAAUGUUCUAGGUGCAAGACCUAAACAUGUUCGUAGAUUAAGUACUCAGCACACGCCAUUUAGUGAAAAUGUUCCCAAUGAAAUACACAUGAAAGGUAACUUAGAAAGCCUUGGUGUUAAGAAUGUCUGUAUGAGUCCAAGAGAUGGACAUAAAGAAGAUGCUGGGUUUCCUAAUAGAAGAAAACAUCAUUCCAGUGAGAAAAAUCAUAAUAAUUUGCCUUCAACAAGUUUUAGUCAUAUGAAUAACUCAAUUCAUCAAGUGGAAAAACGCCCUGAUCCGAAUCAUUACAGCCCAAACAUCAAGCAGCAACAAACUGGUAGUACUGGCCUAACACAAGUGCACAGUCCAAGGAUGCUACCUAUGAGAUCUAUCAGUUGUGAUGAUUCAGGAAGAAAUUCUCCACCUAUAUCUCCGAAUAAUCAUGAACAUGCUGAUGGUAUUGCAACCCCACUUCAUCUGAAGCAAGCCCGACAAAGUUGGACACAUCAGUCUGGUAAUAUAGAAAAAAGUUCUCCACGUGUGAUUUCGAAAAACAAUAAAGAUUCUGGAGUUGGCACUUCUUAUGGGGAAACUUCUUCAAUGUCUGAAUCUAAAUUACAGCCUGAGCUGUCUGAGAAAUUAACAGUGAGUAAUUUGAAGCACUUUGAUACAGUUAUGAACGAAAAUUCAUUACUUUUGGAUGUAUCGAUGAAUGUUUCGGGUAAAAGCCACAUAUUGGAUGAUGAAUCGGUUGAUAAAGUAGAGAAAUGGCUGUUUGGAAUUGAUGUGCCUAAAACUGACAAACCAAUGAGAUUAAAGACUAGUAUUUGUCAGAAUAUAGACUCGGUUUCUUUGGAUCAGCAUUGCACACAGAGACCAAGUUAUGGAUUAAAUGUAAGGAGCUUCACUGAAAACUGCCAUGAUCAGUCGUUUGAUGGUCUGCAGACAAAAGGUCGACGAAGACAUGUCAGUGAUGAAAGAUACAAUAUCGACACACUUCUGAGUCCACAAACAAACUCAGUCGAGCCUAUAAUGGUACAUCAGCGAAGUCACCAUUCAAAAUACCAUGGAUAUGAGAAAAGCGACAGCCAUCCCAAACCAACGAAAUCUCCCGAUGAAAAGAAAUAUCAGCAAAGUCACCAUUAUAUAUACCAUGGACAGGAGAACAGUGACAAUCAUCCCAAACCGAACGCUAAAUCUCAUGAUGAAAACAAAGUCUUUACUGGAAGAAACCAUGAAACAAAUUUGGUUCAUGUUUAUACAGAUGCCGUGGUUUCUAAAAUGAGAUAUCCAAGUGGACAAACAAUUGAUUCAAGUUUUAAGUCACCUAAAGACAGACAUGAGGAGCAUCAUCAUCGUCAAAGAAAACCUUCAAAAUCUCCAAGGAACUCACGGCAACCUCAUGAUGGUUGGGAAUCAGACAUUCAGCUUGGGCCACAAAGCACACACCCAAGGAAUCUUGCAGAGUUUCGCAGUCCUGCUAUUGAACACAGUAAUGAUGCUCAGUUUUACAGACAAAAGAUGAAGAAUGUUCAAAGCCCACACAACAGACAUGAAUAUAAUUACAUUGAUGGUGUUGAAGAAACAAAUGAAAAUAUGUAUAAUUUGGUUAACACUGUGAAUGAUGGCAGAAUAAGGUUAAAAGUCAGAAGAAAUUUGAAUAACAAUACAAAUGAUAUAAAUCAACAUUCAAGGAGUAAUAAACAAGUGUUUGCUGACCAGGUUGGUGAUAUGAUCAGGAAAGCAGAUGUCGGGUCAAACUGGAAUGAAGGGCCAGCUUCAAAUGUUGUAAAGGGUAAGCGUCAGCUUAGCGGAGGAUACAUGGAAAAAAUGGAACUUGACGAAGCACCAGAUGGCUUCCAUGACAACCAUGCUGUACCAACACCUUCGAAGUCAAGAAAGUUGAACCAUGGUGAAAAAGUUGUACCAUUCAGAAAUGAACAGCACUGCAGGCAAAGUGGUCAAACAGUUCACAUAAGAUCUGAGAAGGUAUUGAAUGGAUCGUAUACAAAUGAUCACCAGCGAGGAUAUGAACAUGAUAAGCAUCAGGAAUAUGAUAUGCACAUUAGGUCUGCUGAGAAAAGUGCCCAUAUCAGGCCACCAGAAGUGCCUGUCUAUAAAGAAAAUACAGGAUCAGGGGAAUCCCCGAGAUCAUUUAAUAGGUACAGUAAAAAUGUUAAAAGUUCAAAUGCUUAUGAUGGAAGACCUAUUGAUCAUUUUUUUGAAAUCAAAAAUGGAAUGGGAUUAGAUAACAGUCAGUCUUCUGUAAAUAGCCUUAGACAUAAUGUGAACACUGCCCAUUCAAAAAACAUGAAUUUGAAUGAGGGACCAAACAUUUUAUCACCAAAUUCUAGAACAAAACAUGCAAAGCAUGGUAACCUUGCUGAAUCACCUACAUUAUUUAAAUCCAGAGGCAUUUCUACGGAUGCUUACAAUAACAUGUCACCAAAUGUAGACCGCAAGAGGGUACCAGCUGUCCGAGAUGAUUUCUCACCCAGCACUUCCAUGAGCAAGCUGAAAUUGAACACACCAAAAUCAAUGGCUAUGGAAAUACAGAAGCAGCGAUCGUUAGAGAGGGGAGAUGGUAACAACAGGGCAGCAGAAACAUUGAAAGAUCCAAGAGACAAUAAGAGGAAUUCGGUGAAGCAAUUAAUGAUGGAGUGGGGAACCAGUGGGGAGGAUGCCAGAGGUGAUACAGGGCAAGCUAUGCAGUUAGAGAAACCAGAGGAAAACUAUAGGACAUUGAAUUCUGACAAAAACUCUAGGACCUUGCAAUCAGAUGAGAACUAUACAACUAAAUAUUCAAAUGAAAACUUUAGGACUGAAAAUUCAAAUGAAAACUACUGGUUUAUAGCGCAAAAUUCUGAUAAAAACUUUAGGACACAACAUUCAGAUGAAAGUUAUGGGAAUAGAAAUUUUAAUGAAAACUAUAGCACUCAACAUUCGAAUGAAAACUAUGGGACUCAAAAUUCAAACAAAAACUAUGGUACUCAAAGUUCAAGUGAAAAUUCUGGGACCGUAAAUACUUGCGAAAACUAUGGGACUUUAGCGAAAACUGAGAACAAUAUCAGUCUCAUAAGAGGUGUUUCUGAAACGGGGACAAGAAAUGGUCAUAUGGGGCAGGAUAGAAGGGAAUUAAUGUAUGAAAGGUCUGAAAAUCGAAUGCAAGAUUUUGUCGAUGAAAAGCAUGAAGCUUAUAAGGAGAGAGAUAGACUUAUGCAAGCAGUAAACAGUUCUGAGAAAUGUAGACAACAGCCCAGCAACAAAAAAGAAUCUCAUAAAAGAAAUGAAACCUAUGUCACUGGUCAGUAUAGACUACCUCAUACAGAAAAUGUUAGCAAUGUGAAACCUAUUGACACAUUCAGGCAUAGGAAAGAAUCUUCUGAACGGUCAGCAGAGAGAAAAAGGGACGUUAAUAGGAUCAAUGUAAUACAACCUCAAUUUGAAUCCCAAUGUAACUAUGGUGUUCUAGCACAGAAUAAAAGACAACAGUCACCUGGUUUUGUUUGUUUAGACGAUGUGUCAAAAGAGAGGCAGUCUAUACGUGUGCAAAUGAGAAACUUAACUGAAAACCGACCCCUUGCCGAUAAUUUCCGAAAAAAUGCUCGAUCAGAUACAGAUGGUACCAAAGAAAACGGUCGUUCAAUGGGAAUUUCAUGUAAUAUUACUGAUGAAAGGCCCAUCAACACUGCAUAUGCUGAAAGUGAUGAAGAUUCCUUUGGGCGUAAGUUUGAAUCACAUGGUAAACAUCUUACAAGCCCCAAUAUAAGAAAAGAUCUCUUUGCAGCCAAACUUGAUUGCCUGCAGCCAGUGUCAACAGGCAUAUCAGACAGCUUCAAAAUUCCCAUUAACCCACCAGUUUUAAACAAAAGUGCUAUGCGCAAGAAUAACAAGGAAAAUGAGAACAUUACAAGACCUCCCGCCCAUCUGGCACACAUACGAAAGGCAGAUGUUCCAAAUGAUCAGGGCCGAAUAAGGAACAGUCUGAUGCCGUCAAAGCCAGCUGUUACGUCAGGGUAUGCACAGAGUACCCCUAUAAAACCUGGGGCCCAUUUCUCAAUGGAUAUUUCUAUGUCUACAAUCAUGGCCGGGGAAGAGACGUGCGCAGAUGCUGAUCAAGAGGAGGUUGUGUAUUUGUAGCAACUUUGGGAACGAAAAUGUUCCAGUAUUUUCCGCAAGUGUGAAAAAAAGGAUGGCAGAUGAAGGGUGCUCUUUUGAAUAACAUAUUAGUGUUUGACUGACAAAUAUUAACUGUUUUAAAUUAUGAAUCUAAAAGCAUGCACAGAAGCUGGUCAUAACCACAGAUCCAUUAUUAUUUUUUAUUUUUUUAAAGCACCUCGCACUUUCUUCUAUUUAGAUACUUGUACUGCCAAAACAUGCCUAUACACAUAAUUUAUAUGAUGUUCUAAUACUAAUUUCAUGAGUUUCUACUAAGUACUACUAAUGUAUUUCAAAUAUGAUAUUCUAAAGCUGAUGUCAUGACGUUCUUAUUAGUUAUCAAUGUAUUUCAUGUUAAAUGUAAGUAAAACACAAAAUACAUAUAUUUGAAUCCCUUCUAAGUUUACUGUGAAGUCAAUGAUAUGUAAAUACUUGUACUUUAGUUAACUAUAAACAAUAAAUCCAUUUACAAGUGAAAUAAGAUGUACAAGAACAUAAUUUUUUGGGGGGUAAAAUAGUGUGCGUAAUAUGGCUCUAUUAUGUGGUGCAAUGCAAACCUUUUUGGUACCCAUUGAUGUAGAUUAUAUCAGUUGAAGAUUUGAAAUUGUUUUGUUUUUUUAAAAAGGUUUAUGUUGCAAUGAAUAAUACUCUAGCUGUAUGUAUAAAAUGCAUGUAAAUUGUAAUUAUCAGUGAUUGAUACUAAUAAGUUAAAUCAGAAGAAUUAUACUUUAAAUCUUAAAUAAAAUGUGUAUCUUAAAUGUGUUUAUGUGAAAGUUGUUACUUUGAAUUAAUUUUUAUUUGUUUUUUAUAAAGUUGGCCUAAAAGGCGGAAUGCCAAUUUUACAUGCUAUGGUCGACUUUGAAAUUCUCAUUAAAUACUUGUAUUUCAUAUAGAUCUGUGUUUGUUUUUGAAUGUUCACACUUCCUUGGAAUAAUUGUGACCAUUUGUUUAUGGCAUUAUAUUUUAUGAACUCAUGGUGUUAAUAAAAUAAUGAGAAUCAA